AUGGCGAUGUGGAAAAGUCAAAUGGACAGAGAAGACAGGGAAGAUAGAGAAAUAGAGGGUAUAGAGGGUAUAAAGGGUAAAAGAAAAAACAUGCACGAGAAAGUUGACAUUCUUCAUGAGAUUAAAGCAUUUGGUAAUUUGAAGAGAAAAUGUGAAGAGAAUGAUGCAGAAGACAGUCACAGUCCAACAGAAGACGGCUACAGUCCAACAGAAGACGGCUACAGUCCAACAGAAGACAGCCACAGUCUAACAGAAGACAGCCACAGUCCAACAGAAGACAGCCACAGUCCAACAGAAGACAGUCACAGUCCAACAGAAGACAGCCACAGUCCAACAGAAGACAGCCACAGUCCAACAGAAGACAGCCACAGUCCAACAGAAGACAGUCACAGUCCAACAGAAGACAGCCACAGUCCAACAGAAGACAGCCACAGUCCAACAGAAGACAGCCACAGUCCAACAGAAGACAGCCACAGUCCAACAGAAGACAGCCACAGAGAAAACAGAGACCACAAAGUGGAAGGAUAUUACCAGCAGAGUCCCACAGCGGCCAUUCCCGAGGCCAAUCCUAUUCCUGAUCUACCUCCACCAUCUACCAAUAGGAUUCCAGCCUCCAAAAAUUCCAUCCUCUAA